UAUGCAUAUCUUCACAUUUGUGGUCAAUCGCGAUAUAUAUCACCAAACAAUCAAUGAUCCCAACCAUAUAUAUAUGUAAAACUUAUAUGAAGUAGUCAUCAAACGAUUUCCGGUGAUCACGAUGUCAUCGCACAAGACAUUGACCACCAUUGAUGACAGUCCACAGAUGAGGACCACAAACGGCGGCGACGAUACCAACGGCAAAAGCAUACUCGAUAAUGUCAAAGAGAUUAUCGAUUUGGUAGUCAACAACACCAACAACAAUGAUAUGCCAUAUAUAGAGCCGCCAAACAUACGGGAAGCCGAUUGGACUGAUUGGUUGGUCUUCUUCUGGCGAAAUCUCUAUCCGUUUAUUAUAUGGAUAUUAGCGAUGGUUUGGGUCUGUUAUCUUUGUUUUUAUAACUCGCGAGUCAUUGGUCUCAUUAUAUCGCGAAUUGUUAAUCAAUUUUUCGUUAAAAACGGCUAUUUCAAUGUGGGCUCUAUAUCGGUGGCCACCAUUUCGGGCAAACUUAUGUUCAGAGAUUUUGUUUAUAUUACUGAUGACUAUUCCAUCAGAAUUCAAGACGGAUGGUUUGUGUUUCGCUGGUGGUUGACAUAUACACCAAAAGACGUACGAACCGAAGAUUUUUCAAACUCCGAGGUCCGACUUCUUGUACUACUAAAUGGUCUCGAAUUGCAUGUCUAUAACCGGACCAAACGGUACAAAGAAUUGGAAAAACUAUUUGGUUUGCCUUCAAGACUCAACGACUUUGACAACGAUCCCGAUGAAGACGUCGGCAACAAUUCGCUGAUUGACAGCAUAAACGACGCCAAACUCGAAGUGAAAGCCAGUCAAUGGCGCGAUUUGAUUCCCGUCACUAAAGUCGAGAUAACGUCCGGUCGUUUUGUUUUCGGCAAUCACUUGAUCCCCAGCACAUUAUCAGUGGUCAUUGAAGAGUCUCAUUUUGUUUACACAACACGACCGGCUAUUUCACCGCACGAUCUGUUUACCCAUAUAACCAAAUGCAAAGCCGAACACGUGAAAGUGAUAUUAGUGCCCAGUCCUAAAUUUAUGGGUAUCAGCGAUGAACCGCCCCGUUAUAUGGGCGAAGGUUUUGUUGUCUUUCAGAGCAAUAAAGUCGAUAUCUACUACUAUCAAGACGAGCCAGGAUUGGCGUCUGACAAACCAGAAAAGUUAGAGCUGGCCAAUGGAGAUACUAUCGAAAAGUUUACAUCACCGGCCUGGGGUCUUGUCGUCAAAUGUGGAAAAGGCACUGACUUUAGUUACGGUCCGUGGGCUGACCGACAACGAGAAUUAUUGUAUAAUUUCUUUUAUCCGACGGACUAUCGGCCGAUGGAAAUAUCCAAACGACCGAAAGCUGGAGAAUUGCGUGAAUUUGAGUCGUUUGACAUUAGGCUCAGUACGCUAUACGACGCAAAGAUAGAUGUAUUGUUCUCGAAGGACAAGGAGACCAGUGCUUUGCACGUGAAUGCCGGUCCYGGAUCUUAUCUGGAAAUCAACAUUCCGUGGGUUAACUCGGAAUCGGGUUAUGUGUCACAUAUUAAUGGACAGAUCAUGCAUUUGGAUGCGACAACUAGUCUUGAUUUUCGUCCACUGGCUCUAAGCGAAACACUCGAGUUUGACGUUAAAAUAGCUUAUCCUCGCUAUUGGAAUGAACACCAGUUAUGGACCUGUAGUUUAACCGGUUGUAAGGCAACAGUUAACUUAAUAUAUGCACACAAACUAUUCUUUCAUUCAUUGAUCGAGGACUGGGCCGGAAAAGCCAGACCCGAUAUAAUGAAGUUUGUGCCCUACACUGUCAGGAUAUCGGUUGUACUCAAAGAAUUUGAGUUACUAACUCAGGCCAACCAAUACAAUUGGAUCGACUGUUCGACAAACUUGAACGGAGAAAAUUCACAGUUGGCCAUCAGUGGCGAAAUAUUUGACAUGACUUUCGAUUUACCGUUUGUAGAGUUUUUGCCGCCGACUGUUGACGUGAAGAUCUGGAUUCAAGGCGAAGGACUCGAAGCRGCAUUUUAUUUGCCGGAAAGUAGUGUCCAUCGGGAUAUUGUCGAUGCAAUUCACCGAUACGCCAAAAUAGCGUCUCGCGACGGACAGACUUGUCUUACGUCCAAUCUGUUUACGAAUGAUAGGAAGUGGAGGAAUAUUGUUUCCAGAGAUAAUAAUUGGUACGAGUGUUGGACAACACCGAUAGUUGCGCUUAAUAUUUCCUAUAAGUAUUGGCCGAUACCGCCUAAAUCAUAUACACCGAAACAAAAUGAAGUGACAACACCUGAAAUGGAAGACAUAUUGUUAUCACCAUUGCGUCCAAAUCGGUCGCCAAAACAUUUGUGUACCGCUCCCGACGAUUUUGAUCCAUUGCUUAUGGAACCGGAUAUCAUAGCAGUCGAGUUGGAAAUCGGGCCGUCAGUUAUAGGAUUGUUCGGUACACUGUUUCGUAUGCUUUGGGAUAUCAAAGAAAAUUAUUUAGGCGAAUGUCAAGAGUUUGCUGAUCUGAGUUGCAAUAUAUCGACAUUUUUCGAAAAGUUUUCKGAGAUUAAGACCAAAACCAGUAGAACAGACAUGACUAACACUGAUCACAUGGAAAUGGAGUUCAAACCAUUUGAUGCCCGUAUAUAUCGUCCAUUUGAAGUAACAGUUUCGGUGGCAUUGCAUGACAUUCAGGCGCAUCUAAUGAAGUGUUGUAAUGAUUCAGAUCCUCCCUGUCCUUCAAUUUAUACCGAAAAGUUGUGCUUUGAAUUACACAAGACUUACAGUGAAACAAAACUUCAGCUAUUGAUAGCACCUUUAGUUCUGAUAUCAACUGAUGUCAAGCAACGAGACGACAAUAAUUCUCAUUUAAAAAACGGKUUUCUCACUCUGUCGUCACUUCAGUUCAGAGGUCACGCCAUGUUCUCUGGUGUGAACAGACCACUCGUGAGUGAUACACUUGAGUACGCUUGGCUGGUGGACGUACAGCUCGGCGAUAUUGCCGGAAGACUAACACUACCUCAAACGCAACACAUUGUCACAGCGUUAGAGACAAUCCUACUGCAAGUACUGCAAACAGAUAGUUCUCUUCAGCCACCGUUUCCCUAUCAGAAAUGUCUACACGACUUAACUCAAUCGGUAUGUCCACAGUCGACAGUUACCAAACUAUGUCCGUAUCCCGAGGAUCUCAAAUACAAAAUGGUUAGAUUGUCUAUUGACGCCAUCGAUGUCUAUAUCGUUGAGUCCAAUGUGGCCAUUAGUGUCCAAUUGAUUCCAAUCAAAUUUUCGAUGUGCAAUAUUCACAGUUGUCACACGUCUGUUGGCGUAACUGCUCUCAUAAAUAAGAUAUUGUUGCGACAGUUUGUUAGGACUACAACAGCGCCUCAUACUCUAAGCUCAAGCAAUAGUGCAAAAUCUCGUCUUUCAUUGACCCGAGAAGCCACACAUUGGCUGGAAGUCAGUACACUGUCAGUGGGACCGGUGUUUGUGGACGCGGCUUCGUUAUUGUCAUCAGUGGACAACUAUACCCAAUCGCAGGACACGUUUCUCAAGACACACGAUACGAAAACAAAACGUUUAUGGUUUCUCUGGCAGAACGAACCAAAUGUAUUGCCGUCACAUUUGGUCGGAAAGUGCGGAUGUGUUGGCGGAUCGACUUUUUUCGGUAGCAAUAAAAGUGGUCUUUAUUUCUUUAAUGUGGCCAAACGUGAUACCAAUACUACAGAAAGUGAAAUCAAUAAGUUUUAUGAAGACAUCAAUCAAAAUAAAGAUCUGGCUUUUGGUGAAAGUUUACUUCAUAGAGGAGAGUAUGUGUUGGGUUUAAGAGUGGAUACUGACGAAUGCGAUGAAGAACUAUUAGAUUUGGUGCCAUUUUUUGAGGAACCAUUUUCACCAUCUGUUUCCGAGUCCAUGAGUGACAGCAGAACAGAACUUAAGGCACGUUUUAAGUAUGGAUUUUUGUCGCGACAGUUGACAGUACCGACACAAACAUCAAGCAAUACAUUGUCAGUGACAUCACCUCUAAUGCCUAAAGAUUUAUCACCACUACAGCCAAGAUCACCAUCAAAGUCGGCUUCAUUUCGAAUACCAUCGCAGAACAAAAGAGAGCACUUGUCUAGCGAUUCAGCUGAAGAUGUUUUUCGACGAAAUCGAAGUAUGAGUGAAACUGGCAAUGCUAUCGAAGAUAUACAAAAGUCACAGAAAUUUUUGGAUCUCAUUAAAAGUCAACAAAACUCUGAAACAAACAAAAGAGUGGAUUUUGAGCCAAACUCUCCCACCUAUGAGUCAGAAGUGUUCCGAACGAAGUCAWUAGAGUCGGCCUCAUCUGCUUCUGAGCGAUAYUUUUCAGCUGAAGAUGUGUCAAAUGCUGCCAAAUCUCCCACUAAUAGUUCGGACACAUCAGCUAUAGUGCCGCCCAUUGCGAGCAGCGAUUCAUACCAUACCGCAGAACCGGGAAAUCCUAAUAGUGAGUCAACCACUCAAUACUACAGUUGUACGACAUCCGAGUCGGUGACACUUACUGGCGAUGAUAAACAACGAAAGGGUGACACAAUAUCUGUUAAUUCAAGCAAUUCUUUCAUAUCAGCCCUUUCAUCACAUGAAGAUUUAGCUCUCGUUGAUCUUCGAAAUCAAAUCGAGAAACCGAUACCCGAUUCGCCUCUUUUGAUGUCAUCAUAUUCAGCACAUCUGUCGCAAUACGUUUCCUAUAAUUGGGACGUUCCGCCUCCAGUUCCACAUUUCACACCAUCUCAUAUAACUACUAAAGAUUGGUUUCUAAGAAAAUCUCUUUGGAGACCAAGAUUUAGACUCAAUUCGCAAGGAUUUUCGUGUCUGAAAAUUACAAGAAAAGACGACUCGAGAGAUGACAAGAGCGGCUCAUUUGUUAGAAAUGAUUUCAUACCCGGUUCGGUGUUUUUCGAAAUGGACAAGAAUUUAAGCCAAAACAGUGGCAAAUCGGACAUCAAUGAUGUUAACAAGCAAUCGACUGAUAAGAAAUCUGAUGAAAUCAUAUUGAAAAAUGUAGAAAUGGUUUUCGAAAAAGUGACACUUCUGGUCAAAUUGAACAAUGAAAUCGACAUCAAACUGUCUCCACUAUCACUGGAAGGCAUGAAAUCAUUUAUCGAUAGCAUAACACCAACGAUGGCAUCGCUUCAUCCGAUAUCAGUGUUAAAUCAUGUGAAUCUCAAUUGUCUUAAUGAAGUCGAAGCAAAUAAUAAACUCAAAAAAGAGAAGAUGUUAUAUUUGGGACAAUUGAAUGUCAAGGCGUGGCAGACAUUGAUUCGCAGACAAAGUCAAAAGCAAAACAAUCGUCGAGUGACUGAUAGUAAGGACACAUCACUGGUGGCCAAUCAGCUGGAAGAGGCCAAGACAUUCAAAUUGUUGACAUAUGUCUAUAUCAAUAAAAUCAAUAUAAACUUAAUGCAGGCGUCUAUUGUUGAAGAAUUGAUCUCAUUUGCGGCUCUCGACAACAUUAAAGACCUGACUUGUGUGUCAGUGAUGACGGCKUCCAUCAGUGAUAUUACAUUUUUUUCUUCAAAUCACAUUAAACAGCGCAGAACUCUUCACACUUUUAUGGAUCAAAGUUCAGUAUCCAAUCUGUCAUUCACUGAAAAAGCAUUAAUGAGUCGAUUUUUCGGCAAAAAACCUAAAAAAGAGUUGUCAGAAAUCGAGUCGUUGACCAUCGAAACGGUUGAUACGAAUCUCGAGGAAACAGUGGCCACGGCUUCAGUCAAGUCGGUGCACAUGCAGUUGUCUCGCCUCAAAAAUAGCAGCACUAUCUUAAAGGAUGCUAUACUGACUGUCAUUCCCUGUCGUUAUAGUAAAGUAGACUUCAAAGUAAAUCGUUUGUUGUCUUCGGGAAUCAGCGAAUCGGACAGUAGUUCUCGGCUCUCACGACACAAUAGAAAGCCAUUGCAACGUCAGGACUGUGUUUCGGAUGUCGAGCCAAACAGUGAUAUCUUUUUGAAAGUACAGUCAUGUGCUGACGGAACAACCGAUGAGGAACAUCUGUUGGGAUUUAUUAUGUUUGAGUGCGGUAUUGAAGAUAUUAACAUCAAAGGUGUUAAAGUCAAGAAAAAUGAAGAAAAAUUUGUCGAUCUUAAGCCUAAUGACAGUAAUAACGAAUCGGAUGAUAACAAACCUCAUGAGUUUGUUCGGCCACAAGAUAUCGAAACAAUUCAGGAGUCGAGUCAUUCGUCGUCUGGUGUCGCAGAAGUGUCUACCAUAUGGUUUAACUUUGCGGCGCCACCGAAGACACCGAAUACUCGUAAAAUUGAUUUUACGCGUUUAGAUUGGCAUCUGUUGAGUUCGGCCGCGCCAUCGAUCAGCGCGUGGGUCAGUGUUGGCGAUCGUCUCAUGCUUUCGGCAAAAUGUUUGUCGCGAAUGAGCGAACAAAGAGUCAAUUCAGUAAUUGUCUGUCUGAUGACAUGCGGUCUUGAAGUGAAAGGCGUUCACAUUCCGCCACAGAGUAAACAUUUGUCGCGUUUGUUCACACCGUUGGCGAAGUCAUUACAGGACGACCCGUCGUGUCAAUUGGUUUCAGCCAUUAGGCGGUACUACAACUCGUUUGAGUCGAGCGAUGAAUUUGAAAUGAAUCUCAAAGUUGAAACACUUCCGUUGCUAUCGGAUCUUCAGAGAGGUAUUGUCGCACUUUGUCGUCAAUGGAAGAAUGCAUUAUAUAUGCCAUUGUUUAUACAACAAAAUCUUCGAAUAAGAAAGGGUGACAAACAUCCAUUGCGUGUACUCUUAGAGGAAAAGUCGAAACAAAUAUCAGUGGAAACAGAUUCGGGUGAUGAAGACACAGAAAUCAAUGACGAAACUACUCAACUGUUGGCAGAAAAUAAUAUGACAACCAGUGGUGAAAAUCAUGUGGUGUCUGGCAAUAGAAAAAUUGAGAUAACUGUCCGAAACAAACAUAAUAAAUCAUCAGAUAGUGAUAGCUUUCCAAAUGAUAGUUCAAAUAUCGAGUCUUCUAAUGCCAAACGCAAACUUAGUGUCAUUCAAUCAUACUUUCCUCGAUCUACCCGCGCAUCCAUCACUAUUCCGCCACUAAUAACAGCACCGCUUGAGACCAUCGGAACCGGUGUUAACAAGGCUUAUGAAUACUUGUUUUCGCCGAAUAGUCAGAACAGUGGCACUCGACUUGUAAAACGCGAAGAAAGCCAAAUGAGUCUUAAGUCAACGCUGUCCAGUCUCGAGCCAACCAAUAAUAAUAAUGCUUUGCCAAUGGAUCAGCUAAUCGGUGACACACAAUUUGAUGGCGUCAAUGAUAAUUAUGGUGAUGAGAAUCUGUAUUGGUGGAUGGCUCGCCAACAGGAUUACAUGAAAAAUGUUACAAAUCUUACCAAUUCUUUGCGCAAGACGUCGGCACCGCUUUUGGAUCACGACUCGAAACUCAAUACAUUGAAUUCAAUGAACAGUACCGACAAUGAGAUGAACAAUACGGGACAGUUGGCGGCACACGACGUAUCUUUUCUGCCAACAGUGGCUCAGAUGAGUGACGUUCGCGAAAUUUUUCAUCCGUUUAUAGCGUCGCUCAGCAAAACACCGAUCGAAGAGGACAGCACUUCGUGUCUCGAAUUCGGCCAAUUGGGAACCAAAGUGUCGAUUUGCGGUCGAAUUAAACUCUUUAAGAUCGAUAUUGUUGAGUCUGAGACCAGAAAAUCGCCAAAUCGUAGCCGAAGUCCAUCGCGAGGAUUAUUGUCGCCUAAUAGGAUACAAGUUGUCAACUUUGAGGCCAAUUCGUCGCCAUAUAAAAAUCGGCUUAACGUUGAUAACAGUUUAGACAUUUCUGCUUUUGUUUGUGAAGGACUGGGAGUUGAGUUUGAUUUACGAAAAGUAAAAGAUUUUGAGAAAUCUGAAAGUAGUCAACAAAAGGAUAACAAAGUCUGUUCGAUAGUCAUCGUAGGUCCGGACGGCUUGAGUCAGACGACAACAUUAAUCAACUUCAAUGUUGACGUCAAUUGUAUCGAACAAAGAGUUAAUUUACCACUUCUUCGACUAUUACAUCAAUUCACUGCUAUGUAUGAGACCGUAAAAGAGACCCGAAUGGAGAUGCGAUCCAAUAGAGUCCAAUCGAUUAGAGAAGGACUGCAUUUAGAUAAAUACAAACUGAGGACAUCUGAGACCGAUACGACCAGUCGGACGCCUUCCAGUGCUAGCUAUAAAAACGAACCGUUUAUCGAACAUAUAGCUAAACAUAAGGAAGAAGUGGCCAUUUCUAUACCUGAAGAUUUGGAUUCAGAUGAUGAAACACUUGUGGGCGAAGAUCCAGUCCAAUUGAGAGAACAGUUGGUUCAACCAAAGUGUUGGAAAACGAUGUAUCACUUGUUAGAUCUGUACGAGACUAAACCAGAAACCAAGACUGUCAUCCAACGGGUUAGUUCACUGAUACACACGGGACCACCAGUUGCCGAAACUAAGAUACAGAUCGAUGAGGGAGACUAUAAGGGCAGCGGUAGAUACGAACCAUUGAAGAAUCAUUCGAUUGAAUUGGAAGAACUGAAUCCAUCACAACAACAGCCAAUACCGCAGCAAAAGGUAAACAAUAAUGCAAUGAACACACAGACAAUUCACCGAAGAUCGGCUACAAAUGUUGUGUCCAGUGAUCAGUUGAAAAACUUUACCACAGCUCUCAUACAACGUGAAUGGACACCGAUUGUUGUGUUCGGUGUUUGUAAGAUAAGACGUGUAGGUUUGUUGGCAAUGCUUAGUGGUCUCAAAUUGGAGGCCGAAUUGUCGGCGUUUCACGUGAGUGUAACACACAAACAGAAGUGUCGCGGAACCAAAAAAUGGUUUGAAUCKUCACUCAACGGACAGUUAGGCCACACAAGUGUUUCGUUGUUAGAAGAAAUGCUUCCGAGUCAUCAAUUGGUGGUUAAAAUGACAAUCGGAAAGUCACAAACACUUAUCUCUUGUCAAAACCGAAARGGAAAGGACGCCAACUCUGCACUGUUGACAAUCGGUCCCAUAAUGAUUGACAUUCCUCAACAUCCGGUCGCUUUGCACGGAAUGAUGACCCGAUCGGGACGUCAACUAUCGACAACAUUGCAAGAGUUACGGUCAUCACGACAGCCAUCAAGACUAUCGCGACAGCAGAUGGACACCGAAACUAUGACCUCAUCGUACGGACAACAGACUCAACAAACGCCGAAAAUGUUUYCCGCCGAUGAUAUGGUCGAGAGUAUAGUUUUAGAUGCAGUGACUGAUCAGCAACRACCSCAACAAUUAAUUAAACCGAUUGUCGUUCAGUUCAGUGUCAUAUUGGAAUCGUUUACAAUCGGUGCCUCACUGUUACCAUCGUUACGGGCACAGUAUCAGAUGGACAGAGUGACCAGUAAUGGUAUUACUGGCAAUAAAGCAAAGUUUGUCAUCGAUGUUCAUCAGCACACGUUAAGCUUUAAUACAAAAGUACUUCCCACCGAAGCCAACCUACCGUCUUCAGCGAACGUCGAAUUGCCACCAAUUCAUGUCUCAGCCGAAUAUAUUGAAGAUCUGAACAAAGAGUGUGCCGGAGGAGGAGCCACACGUUCCGAAUCAUUUGCUUCYGAAGGAAUUGUCUUAAGAAAAGGAAGUUAUCUGAACGCCACCGCAGAUAUCGGUUCAUUCGAACACAGUCUUACUACAGAUCUACUCAACCAUUUACUUCUGGUUCAGAAAGUUUUUAUGAAAGAAGUCAACGAAGUGGUACAGAAGAUGUCGGGAACCGAUACAAAAAUYAUCGACGAAGAACUACUAUUUGGYACCGAUAARAACCGACGAUCACGUUAUGUACUCUUUUCRUURCAUUUAAGACUGAAAGGCAUUCAGAUAACGGCCACAACACCGACAAACAGUGCCGUACGGYUGGAAACCGGUUUAGUUGAGCUACAGUUGUCUAAUAGAGUUCAGAAUAUGUCGACCAAAGAUCUUAAUCUCAAGUUAUUCAUCAAAUUACAGGUCGAUCUAAACGUAGCAUUGGGUCAGCUCAUCAGGAAUGCYAUGUUUGAAGAGGCGGAACCCGAGUUUCAACAGUUAGCGUACUUUAAAACUAGAAUUUGUAUGAGAAAUGCUCUUCAGGACGAAAUGGUCAUCAAUACUGAUGCCGAGGACAAGGAGGCGGUGCUCAUUGAAUUGCAUCGACCGUUGAUAUUCAUACAACCGAUGGCUUUAGAUAAAGCAGUACUCGUUUGGCUUAACUAUAAAAAUGCUUACGAGUAUUGGACAGAACAGCGAUCCAAUCUUAACUCUGAAGUAGUAUUGGCUACUCAACAAGUCUUCGGUAAAGUGCAACCAAUAGCGCAAAUGGGUUCCCAAACAAUMGGAACACUGUUUCUUCAAUUAACUGUCAAUGAUUUGGGUGUUUGUCUUCCGAUAACAAACCCAAAUAUAUCGGCACUGAACCAAAGUAAAGGCUACGACUCGGAAYUGAAGGACGCAUUGGUGGURACACUGGAGAACACACAGAUCAGCGCCUGUUCUUGCGGGUCACUCGUCAGUAAAGGAAAGUUUACCGGUUUGUGUAUCCGUUUUGCAGACGACUUUGAGACCUCACUCGACGAUUGGAAGCCCGAYAGCAGUGAUCCAAACAUUCGGAACCUUUGUGUAGUCUCUGAGGGCACGUAUGAUAUCUGUUCGCGUACUAUAACAUCCCAUCAGAACCCGAGUGAUGCCAAAUGGGUUUUGAAUGUCUCGUGGAAAAUGGAGGGCUUUGACAUACACUUCGACACAUCGAUUGGCAAACAUUUUUCAGCCCUUUUCAAAACAAUGACCGCUAUUGCCGGCGAUGAAGACGAGGACGACGUCGACAUAUCGACUAUCGAUUACGGAAACAUUGCGAACGAUGAACGACAACCAGAUCUAGAGUCGACUGAUCUUAAAGAAGAUAAAGGCAAACCAUCGGGAGUUGAUCUUAGAAGAGGUUCACUGUUGAAGGAGACGUCCGAUAACAAGAAAAAGGCYAGAAUUAUGGAAAAAGAACUCAACGAACAGGUCAAGAUUAUCAAUGAUUUAAGACAAUUGGGUGCCAGUCAUACAACAAUCGAACAGGAAGUGCAACGUCUUCAAGAACUCGAGAACGCAGUGUUUCACAAUUUCCGUCGCGAUGUCAUCAAAAAGCUUCGUCGUCCGAGUGUUCGACAGUCGUCAUUCAAAGACAAGAUGUCGAUCGGCGGCAAAAUGUUUAGCAAAUCGUUGCACAGCUAUAAUGAGACAAAUGAAUACAAUGAAAACUCUGGCGAAGACUCGCCUUCAAGUCCUACGGCAUCAUUCAAACCACACUCUUUAGAUACACCGCUCGAGUUUGGCUCUAAACUUAAAACAUCUGCUAGUAUUCCGAUCCCGAAAACACUCAAACAGAUGACACUCGACUCACCAAUGAGUCUAACGGCUGCUUCGAUGACCAGUUCGUCAAUUAGUGAAUCUAGUGGUGAUAUUGCAUUGUCGCCGAGUUUGGAACAAACACCGAGUUCUGCGUCYGAAUUCAAGAUUCCAAUGAUUACUAAAAAYUUGAGAGGUGAUUCUGAUAACCGAAAACAGGGCAGCUUUUCGUCGGAAUUUGACGAAAGUAUUGGCUCAUCCAAUGCCGAGCGGUCGGCCACUAAACAGAGCUAUCAAUCGGAACCUAACAUUGAUUUUGAGUUCGACGUCAAGAUAUUCUUCAAUUCGGGAAAAUGUGUUUUACAUACGAAAGACCAAACGSUCAAAGAGGACGAGAGUUCGGCCAAAAAGAUGCAAAAAGAGCGAAGCUUUUCUGGCGGUCCAUAUGACUCACUAUUGUCUCCCAAUCACAUCAAUAAAAAUCGUCCGCCAAAUCAUAAGUUAAGUAAAAACUCGACGAACACCGCAUUAAAACCAAACGUAUCUUCAAAUCGCCUSAAAUUGUCGACCCAUCAUAUUGGCGGACAAAUUGCCGAUUUCACUGUAUUUCUAAUACCCGGACUCGACAUAAAACUUCACUACAAUUCCAAAACAUUUGUUGACGAGUCAUCUCAACAACCAUUUGACAAACAAUCGAUGAGAUCGCCGUCCGAGUUGGACACAAGUGGAACCAGUGGUCAYAAUCAAUCGUCGGCAGCCAAAAGACUGCCAUCAAAGAAGGCGACACUGUUUUCGUUGAUAACAUUGCACAGCAUUCCAGAUGAGACACUCAUCAGUCCAAACAUUUUAGAUUUCUUAGAGCAGGCACUCGAACCGAUUCCCAUUACUUUACCAAUGAAAACGCCAACGUUAUCGUCGACGCCAAACACAUUUGGUGACAGUAACACACCACCAGUUCCGGCACAAUAUGCCACAUAUGCAUCAUUUCCAGUCGAUAUUAUUGUCAAAAUUCAUGUCCAGCCGACAGUUGUGCGCUUCUGUUGCCUUCCAGUUUCACGAGUAGAAUGUUUACUUCAUUUGCCGUCAAUUGAUUUGGUUUUGUCAUCGAAACGAUCGGAUGAGGAACAGUUACAAUCGGGUCAAUGUUCGCCACCUAAAUAUGCCAGAUAUGCACAGAAGUUGGCCGAUAAGUCAUCGGAUUCGAUAACAAGUACUUCAUCGUCGGGCGGUUURAGUAUAACAGCAAUUUUGGCCGACUUUUCUCUAUAUAUCUUUCAUCCAUACGGCGGCCAAAAGAAGACAUCAGCCGAAUCGUCAUCGGAUCGUAAAGAUUCGCUCAGUCUUCAGGUGGAGUUCGUCAAAAUCAAUAUUUCAAGAGGACGUAAACUGUCUAUCAGUGACUCAACAGCGCACACGUUUCGCUUUUCCGCCAUUUGCGACAUCGGUUCCGCGUCGUUCAAGUACGACAUGAGACGYCUGAAUGAGAUAUUAGCCUUUCCAAAGGCCUGGUAUCGCAAGUCGAUUUGGAAGCGUAUAUUCAUUGGCGACCACACCAUCAAUGCUAUAUUUAGCGAUCAGGAAGAGGAUGACUUUUCCGAUAACAAAGACUUAUCGGACACGAGCUCUGAAGAGUCCAGUCAAACGACAACCACUGUUCGUACGGCGCAUAAGAGUGAAGGUAUGGCCAGUCGUGAAGGACUUCGGCUUAAUUUACAAGAGACGAGUCGUCGCAAAAUUUAUAAGCACUCAUCAAGAAGUGAUGUGUUAACCUCUGCGGCCAAUCCGUGGGAAACAUUAGUCUUGUUUACUGUGAAUCUCUCAAAAUUGAGUAUAACUAUGAAUAUGGGGAAUGUUAUGGGAAAUACCAAUUGGUUGACUCGCGGUCUACGAUCGGAAGGUCGCAUAUCUAUUGACUCGAGUGGACACAAGAGUUAUAAAAUGAGUCUAACUUUGGACGGUUCGACACUUGACGCUAAGGGAGGUAUCGUUGGCGGYAUUAUUGAGUUGAGUCAGAUUAACACCGAACUGUCCGUUAAUGAAGUGAAAGGCAGUGAACCGGAACAUCAACUGAACUGUUCAUUGCAUACGUUGGAGAAGCGAAUUGAUUACAUGGGAACUAGUAUUUUGAUGCUUCGGGUCUCAGAUUUGGACAUUACUUUGCGCGAUGAGUGGCGAAUCGAUUUGAGCAAAGAUUAUAAUCCAUCGUCACAUCCGACUAAACGUCCGGCGCUUAUAUUCAUUCACGGAGUGCUCAAUUGGGAUCAAAUGCAGAUCUUGAUAUCAAAGUCGACGACACCGGACUUUAUAAAAAUUGUUGCCAAAUUAGAGGAAUUUUUUGCCCAACAAUUCCAUUCAAGCAAAAGAGUUUUUUCUUCACUUCARACAUUCAACAGACAGUCAAUGAAGAGUCGGGGAAAACGAGGACAGAGUGUUAGCAACGGAUCGCCACAAUUGAAUGCAAACACAACACAACCUCAACAGCAAUCAACUGAAAAUGUGUUCACAAGCGAUGUUCGUCAUCACCGACACUGGCAGAAGGCGUUAAGGUUGGUGUCGGGCGUCCAGUUGUCAACAUUACCUAAUCCGYUGCCAAUUCACGGGACAAUAUUGGGCGGUACUCUCGAGUUGAACGCACAGAACAUAUCUCUUGCCUGCUUUUAUGGCAUCAACUUUCGGUCAAAGAGUUGGGGAACUUUUAGUCUCAAACAGCCCUCUAUAUCGUUUGCCACCGAAGCUCAAAGUAUUGUCAACGAAACUGGAAGUUUGGACACACAUGUCGUACAAAACUUGUCUUUUUUGUUGGGCCGACAAAGCGGUGAACAAAAGGUUCGCCGAACAAUGGCCACCGUUUGCAAGAUAUCGAGAGACGUAGCAUUUCCGCCGCAAUUCAGACAAAUGAAAGAGUGGUUUGAAUACGCGUUCAGAGCGUCAGAGAUUGACGACGUGAACCGUUUUCCCGCUAUGGGAACCGUCACUGAAAUGGACAUUUUUGGCACUCCGAUUGCGUCGACCGGCGACUACUUUCUCGGAUCGGGACAGACGAGGGAUAGACGCGCGUCGUCCAGUCCUAAGACCAGCGGUGACUAUCAUCACACACAGGAAGUGAUUUUUGCGUUUCCAAGUAUGCAAUUGGAGCUCAAGACAGAACACCUUCAGGCAUGUAUGACACCGACAGUUCCCGACGUUAAGCCAACAGUUGAUUGUACUUUUGUGUCCGAYUUUGACGACCACAUUCUGGUCGCUGUGGACGCCGAGGCCUACUUCUUCCUGCAYGAGUUGAUCAGYUCUUACAUAACCGAAAAGGACAUAAACAUCAUGAAGAGUCACUCGCCGAGUGCCGAACGCAGCCAUAAGGCCAACGCUGCGGCCGGCGGCGGUGCGACCACUGCCGACACCAUUGAAGCCAUUCAACGCGAUUGGCGAGACUUUGUCUGUCACGUAUGGCAUUUGGAGCCAACGGUGCGAUUGCUUUCAUGGGCCGGAAAGAACAUCGAGCCCUACGGUGUCGACUAUAUUCUUCAGCGACUUGGCUUCAGUCAGGCGCGCACAACAAUACCCAAAUGGAUUCAGAGGACAUCAAUGGAUGGCUUCGAUAAACUACUGGCCCUUACAAUGUUCGGUAUGCUUAUGAAGGCCAGAGAAGACAUGAAAGAUAGCAAUCAUUGACGACAACAAACAAAAUAAUUAAAAAAAAAUCUUUUGUUUUGUUUCAUAAAUGACUUUAUAUAAUAUAAUUGUAU